AUGCCAGCUCGAAAACCAGGAGCGUCGACAGGGGCGUUGAAAAGGGCAACUCCUGCCUCGACAAAACCCCACAAACGUCAAUUGUCACAAGUCACUCCCUCGGCAUCGCCUGGGAGCAGGGCUUCGAAGAGAUUGAAGGACUCUGCCGAGAAGGAGCGAAGUCGCGGCAAGGCCACUCCUACGAAAAGCAAGUACUUUCAGGAGCCAGACAGUGAGGAUGACGAGGUUGACGCCAUGGACGACCAGGAUGAGGACGAUGAGUCGGGCUAUGAAGACCAAGCCGCGUCGGAAACCGAUCAGCCCUCAACCGAAGAGCCUGACACAGAAGACGACUACGACUCUGAGGAGGAAAGCAAAAAGAAGAGAAUGCCGAAGAAGAAGGCGGGCAAGAAUCAGGGUGGAAUCGCUGGCGGCAUUCAGGCCGUGGCCAAUGCCGUGCUAGAGAAAGGCAAAGAACUCUGGAGACCUGGAGUGAAGACGGGCUUGGGACCAGGCAAGCAGGUCUUCAUUGAGAAACCGAAACCCAGGGGUGAUGGCGGCAUCAAGUAUGUUGCUGAGAAGAUCCAUCCGAAUACAAUGGUCUUCUUGAAGGAUUUGAAGGAGAAUAAUGACAGAGAAUGGUUGAAGAUGCACGAUGCUGACUAUAGGGUCUCGUGGAAGGACUGGGAAGGCUUUGUAGAAGCCUUGACCGAGCGAAUUGCUGAGAUUGACGAGACGAUCCCUGAGUUACCGCCAAAGGACCUGGUCUUCAGAAUCUAUCGAGACAUCCGAUUCUCCUCUGAUCCGACUCCGUACAAACCUCACUUUUCUGCUGCUUGGUCUCGAACUGGUCGUAAAGGACCUUAUGCAUGUUAUUAUGUACAAAUCCAGCCUGGAGGCAGAAGUUUCGUUGGUUCUGGAUUGUGGAUGCCAGAGUCCCAACCAUUGGCACUGCUGAGAGCGAAUAUCGACCGCAAGCCGAAAAAACUGAGGAGGGUCCUCGCGGAGGCUCAGUUGCGGAAACAGGUUCUGGGUGUCGCGUCGAACGAUGAGAAAAAGGCCAUCAAGGCCUUUGCCGACCAGAACAAGGAAAAUGCGCUGAAAACGAAACCGAAGGGCUACGAAGCAGACAACCCAAAUAUCGAACUCCUUCGGUUGCGCAAUUUCACCCUAGGGAAGAGAAUCCCCGACGAGCAGGUGAUAGGGGAGCAGGGACUGCCCACCAUCCUCGAGUUAAUUCGCGUUAUGGUGCCUUUUGUCACAUACCUCAAUAGUGUCGUAAUGCCAGACGAUGAUGGAACUAGCAACGACGAGGCCACUGACUGA